AUGAACGAAGACAGUGAAAUGAAGCAAUUUGCCGAACUAGGCAUUAAGACGUGGCUAACUAAACAACUCUUAAGCCUUGGUAUAAAAACCCCAACACCAAUCCAAAGAGGCUGUAUUCCGGAUAUCCUUGCUGGAAAUGACUGCAUUGGAGCUGCCAAGACUGGUUCAGGCAAAACAUUUGCAUUUGCUCUCCCUAUAUUACAGAACUUAGCUGAGGAUCCUUAUGGGAUAUACGCUCUGGUCCUUACUCCAACACAUGAAUUGGCUUAUCAGAUAGCGGAUCAGUUCAGUAUACUGGGCAAACCACUCAACCUGAGGGUGUGUAUAGUGACAGGAGGUUCUGAUCAGAUGGAAGAAUCAUUAAAGCUUGCCAAGAAGCCGCAUAUAGUAGUGGCAAUGCCGGGUCGUUUGGCUGACCACAUAACCGGAUGUGACACAUUUAGUCUGAAGAAGAUCAAAUAUCUGGUUUUGGAUGAAGCAGACAGGCUGUUCAGUGAAUCCUUUAAAGAAGACCUUGAGACUAUAUUUGGUGUGCUGCCACAAACACGUCAGAAUCUACUGUUCUCUGCCACCAUCACUGAAGAUGUCAAGCAGUCAACACUGCUUUCAUUGAAUAAUGAACGGCUCACCACAUGGUCUGAGACCGAUGAACAGCUCACGGUGUCGACGCUGGACCAGCGCUACGUGGUCUGCCCCGCUUAUGCCCGCGAUGUGUACUUGGUUCAGACCCUGCGCAAGUAUCGGGAGACAAAGCCGAGUGCACACGUUAUAGUGUUCACCGACACUAAAAAGGAGUGCCAGGUGCUGUCGAUGAUGAUGAACGCCAUCGGCAUGGACAACGUGUGCCUGCACGGGUUCAUGCGGCAGCGGGAGCGCGUGGCGGCGCUCGCCCAGUUCCGCAGCAACCUCAAGUGCACCCUGGUGGCCACCAACGUGGCUGCCCGCGGCCUCGACAUCCCCACCGUCCACCUGGUCGUCAACCACAAGCUGCCCCUCGAGCCCAAAGAGUACGUGCACAGAGUCGGUCGCACGGCGAGGGCUGGUCGAAGCGGCCUUGCGAUAUCCUUGAUCACGCCUUACGACAUUCUACGCCUGGGCGAGAUUGAAGAUCACAUCAAGACGAAGCUCAGCGAGUAUAAGAUAGACGACGACGAAGCGGUGAAGGUGUUCACGACGGUGAGCGUGACGCGCCGCGAGCAGGAGGCCCAGCUGGACAACGAGGAGUUCGAGCAGAGGAAGAGGAACUACCGCCACAAGCGCUGGAUUAUGGCCGGCGUCGACCCGGAGGCUAUGGAGCAGGGAUUGGAAGAAAUGCGCGGGAGGCGCAUAAAGGCGGCAAAGAAGGCGAAACUCGAAAAAAUCAAGCAGAUCCAGGCGCAGAUCAAGAACAAUAAAGAAGAUGGAUUCGACAGCAGUCGUCUGCAACCGCCGAUAUUAGAAAACAUCGACGCCUCCAUCAAGGAAGGGUUAAAGAAAGUGAACAAGACGUUGAUGAAGAGGGACGACAGGUUUAAGAACGUCAUAGGGAAGAUAAGUAAGAUAAAGCGCAAGGCGGAGAACGUGAAACAGAAGAGCGUAGAAGAGAACGAAUCUAAAAAGAAAAAGAAAAGAAAAAACGCCACAGCUAAA